AUGGGUGGCUAUCAAGUUCCAGUUGGGUACAGGUUCACGCCUUCAGAAGAAGAACUACUUCUUCACUACCUUCUCCCCAGAGUGAAUGGAAACGACUAUCCUAAAGGUGUUGUUCCUGACUGCGAUCUCUACGGUACAAAGGAACCAUGGGACAUAUGGAGAGAUUUCCACCACUCAUCCGCAGAUGAUCAAGAAGACAUCUACGUCUUCACCACACUCAAGAAGAAGACUCCAAAUGGCUCGCGGUUUUGCAGAACAGUUGGCGCCGCCGGUACCGGAGGUUGGAAAGGAGAAGACUCCGGCAAGAAAAUACGUGCUUGUGGGAAUGAUAUUGGCAUCAGAAAGCGAUUUCGGUACAUGAACCCUGGUUCGCCCCACGAUGACCGUUGGAUCAUGCUUGAGUUCCAGCUUCAUGAAUCUCUCAAAGAAACAUCGGGCAAAAGCAAAUUAGAAGAACGAAAAAAUCAUGAAGUUGACAUGGCUUCCCGUGGAGAAAUCCAGGCCCAGCAUGUGCAUGAUGAUCAGCAGCAACAUAUUGACGCAAGUACUUAUGAUCAACUUAGGGUUUUCGAGGAUUUCCUUAUGAACGAUGUCGAGGGUGAACAGGACACCAUGGUUAAUCCAACUUUGCUUGCACACUUUGCUUGCACAGUACGGUCAGCAGGGCACAAGUAUUGA